CGCUCACGGUUGAGCGUAAUUCACUAUUCGAUCAACUUCAGACACGCCAAGCCGAAGUAGAGUCAUCCCAAUCCCACCAAGAAUCGUUAGAGAAUCAGGCAACCGAGCUCCGUCAUCAACUCCGCGAGGCCAAUGACAAAAUCCAUACACUCUCCGAUGAGCUUGUCGAGCUUCAGCGGCGACAUGAUGCUACUGGGCUCGGGAGCCCUUCUACGAGCUUCGCUAAUAAUCUCCAAAUAGUUUCCGAUAUCGAGCGACGGUAUGAAAAUAAGAUUUCUGACCUUCGUCAGAGGAUGGAUAUUCUUGAGCGCGAGCGCAGCGAGGCAGAGGAGGAGUGGAGUCGUAAUCUGACUGAACGAUCCCGGGAAAUCGAUAGACUACGGACUGAUCUAUCGAUAAGAGACAGUGCGAAGAAUGAGGAGUUUGCUGACAGAUGAGAAGCUGUUGGCACUGAAUGAUGCCAAAUCGGCGAAUGCAGCGGCUGAGCAAGCUCGGGAGGCUGAAAAUUUCUCCCAGAUGGAGCAAAACCAUCUAUCGCAGCGAGUCACUGCCCUCGAGAAAGAAGCGGAAGAACUGCGCAUCCGUGAAAUAAGUCUUCGCGCAGGCAACAAAACAUUGCGAGAGGAACUACGUAAGGUGCAAAGCUCUGCUGCCCUCCUGGAGAGGGGUCGAAAUCCUGGCAUUGGCUAUUGGGCGAACAAGUCGCGGAGCAACCUAAAUGGUCAGGAUAUAAAUGAAGAUCGUCCUGGUUCUCCGCAUCCUUCUUCUCCCGCCCAUUCGGUGUUCUCGGACACUGACAGUCCAAGAACGAAGCUGAGUGAAGAAGCAGUUAACCUUGAAUACCUUCGGAACAUCAUCAUGCAGUUCCUCGAGCACAAGGAAAUGCGGCCGCACUUGGUUCGAGUCAUAACUGUGCUUUCCGCUUGCGAAUCCUUAUCCUCGCCCCUAUUCGUACUUGCCGUAUUCCUAUGCAUUAUAGUAUAUGUGUAAUCCUAUUGAUCAUUCGCCGGCCGAAAUAUUAUUAUUUGUUUAC